CCUUGAUAGGAUUUUUAGGGUUCUAGAGGUUAGGGUUUUUCGAGGUUUUUAUCCAAUGGAGAAUGGUGCUGUGGGCGACGACGCCGCGGCCAAGAUCACGAGACAGGUGGAAUUCUACUUUAGCGACAGCAAUCUCGCCAACGAUGCGUUUCUACUGCGCUCGAUUGAGGAGAGCGCCGACGGCUGUACCUUUUUCUUUCGCGCUUUCCACUCAAAUCGCUUUUUUCAUUCUAAACAUCCAUUCCUUGUAACAGUGGUGAGCUUGUCGGUGAUUUGCGCCUUCACUCGGAUGAGAUUUCACUUGCGGCUCUCUCAAACCACUCCAGAGACGAUUCCCAAGGGUGUCGUCGCUGCGGUCGCGGAUGUUUUGAGGAAAUCCUCGUUCCUUAAAGUUUCGGACGAUGGCCUCCGUGUGGGACGAGUCCACGAAAUGCAAAAGCCGGAAGAGGUUCGUGCUGAAGUUGAUGCUCGGAGUUUGGCAGUGUCACCGUUUUCGUGGAAGACCACGAGAGAAGAGAUCGAGGCUUUUUUUGAAAGCAACUGCAAGAUUCUUAGCGUGCGGGUGCCUCGUCACCCUGCAGUAAAAGCUUUCAGUGGCUACGCUAUUGUGGAGUUUGCAUCUCCAGAAGAAGCACAGAGAGCGUCUGGGAUGGGACUAAACUUCAAGGGCGCCGACUUGAAGUUCCAGUCCAAGGACUCCUUCGAGACACUCAUGAAUUCCCUGCCAAAGAAGGAACAGAAAGAGAGGGACGACUAUGUGAAAGGACUUCUUGUGCGCUUUAAACUGACGAAGAUUGAGAAGGGCGCCCAGCAAGAAUCGGAGAAGAAGGCCGAGGAGGAGAAGAAGGACGAGGAGAAAGAAGAAGACAAGAGCAAAGACACUGAAGAUAAAGACGGAGAGGCAAAAGAGAAAACAGAGAAAGGAACUCAAAGUGACGCGGUCAUAAGGGAGGACCUCAAGGCGGUCUUCCAGCAGUAUGGGAGCGUGAAGUUUGUCGACUUCUCAAAGGGCGAGACCGAGGGAUACAUCCGCUUCGAAACUCCAGAGGACGCAGGCAAGGCACGGACAGCAGCCGUGAUCUCGGACGAGGGCGGUCUUGUGAUCAAGGAUUACUUGGCAACGCUGGAAGCUCUCGAAGGACAAGCCGAGCGUGACUACUGGAAGAAAAUCUGGGAUCAACAGGUCAAGCGGCGAGAAACCUCCGGCCAAAAUCGAUACAGCAGAGACAAUCGAGCUCGAAAUCCCGGGAAGCAAGACAGGAAAUUCAAGGGAAAUAGUAACCAUGAGGAUAAGAAGAAUGCCGCGACCGGGAAGCGCACGAUCUUCCAAGACGAUGACGAUGCGCCCGAGCCGAAACUCCAGAGAACAGAGUGAAAGCGAAGAGCUCUCUGCCAAAAUUUUGCCAAAGUUUUUAGGGCUCCAACGACGUACUUUUCAAAUUUGAAAGUGGGAAUAUCCUUU